AACGAAUAAGAAGAAGACAAAUCGGUCGCACUUUUUCACAAUCAAUUUCAGCAGUCAUACGUUUUUUGGGCUUCAUUCAAUUUGUUUGGUUGUGGUGUGAUUUUUGUGGCGCACACGCGUACAACAAUAAUAUAAAUUGUGGUUGGGAUUUUAUUUAGUGUGUUUUGAAUAAUGCAAAGUUAAAUUACAUAAAUAAAUAGUGACAAAAUUUUUAGUGUAAAUUCGAUUAAACGCAUAUACACAAUUGAAAUGUGUAUACAAAAAUUUUGAAACGAAUAAAUACAUGUGCCAUACAACCAAAUAUAUUUAUUUCGCAACAUACUAACGCGAAUUAAUUAAACAAAAUUAUAAUUAUCUAUGAGCUUUAUAAUAUUAUCCUUUCAACUGCUUUACUGUCAGUUUAAUAGCAACAAUAACGUUUUGCUAAAAGUGGUAAGCAUUAGUGUGUGUGGAAAAAGAGUAAAUUGUCACAUCGAGAGCGUGCUUUAAAGCGUAUCAGAAAUUAUUGAGCGAGUGGAACAUUGUUUAAUUGAAAGUAAUUAGUAAAAAAUAUUUUGAUGGAAUUUGAAAAUACGCAAUUUAUUGAAGCUGCUGCUGCAGCGUCUGCUACAACUAGUAUUGCAAAAGAUAUACCUGUCGCUGAGCAUAUGCAAUCCGGUUCCGGCCGCUUAUCGUCCAAUGGCAAUGACGCGACAACCACACAAUCGGCGUCCAACACUACAUUGGAAAAUAAACAAAACCCCCCAAAAAUGCAAAAAGAAGCAAUGUCUGCCGAUGAGCGAAAAGCAACAAAACGAUCUCUUGUCAUACUGGCAGCGAUCUUUACAGCCAGCAUAUUCGCAAUGGCCUACGUAUACAUGAUAUUUCCCGAAUUGAAUGAAUUGGAGAAACAGCACAUUAAGAUACCCCGUGACAUUCAAGACGCUAAAAUGUUAGCCAAGGUUUUGGAUCGUUACAAAGACAUGUACUACUUCGAAGUGAUGUUUGGCGUCGUUACUGCUUAUGUAUUCCUACAAACCUUUGCCAUUCCAGGAUCUUUAUUCCUUUCCAUACUAUUAGGAUUUCUCUACAAGUUUCCCAUCGCCCUCUUUCUCAUCUGCUUCUGUUCAUCGUUGGGCGCUACACUAUGCUAUAGUCUCUCGAAUUUGGUUGGUCGUCGCCUGAUACGCCACUUUUGGCCCAAGAAGACAAACGAAUGGUCCAAACAUGUGGAGAAGCAUCGCGACAGCCUCUUCAACUAUAUGCUCUUUCUGCGCAUGACACCCAUCUUGCCGAAUUGGUUCAUCAACCUGGCAUCGCCUGUAAUCGGUGUUCCCGUGUACACGUUCGCCUUGGGCACCUUCUUUGGCGUGGCACCGCCGUCGAUUGUCGCCAUACAAGCUGGCAAGACAUUGCAAAAGAUGAGCAGCUCGAGCGACGCGUUCUCAUGGACAUCGAUGGGAUUGCUGUCAAUAUGCGCAUUGAUCUCACUGCUGCCAGGAUUGCUGAAGAACAAGCUGAAAAAGAAAGUCGAAUAAAGUGGCGUCUGCGCGUUAACUGCGGUAAUCGGGGAUUGGAUUAUUGAACGGCGCUUUCAUUACGACUAACGGGACUGAACAGUGCGUUAUUUUGUGUUAUUGAUUGAUUGUCGAUUAGUUUAAGUGCGUGCGUUAAGCGUUAAGCAAAUGAGAUGAAGCAGAAAACAUAGAAACACCCAACGUAGCUGCACGUGUAUGUAUGUUUUACAUUUUUUUUUUUGGUUCCUUGAUAUUUUUUUUUAUAGAAUAAUACAAGUGCUAUGUACAUGCUAUGAUUUCACCUACACAUAAGUAACGAAAAACAGUUGAAAUGCUGCAGUUUAUUGCUUAUUUCCUUUGUAUGUACGUAUAUAUGUACAUUAUAUAUAUGUAUAUUAUUCCAAUAACAAUUUAAGCUGCUACAAAAUAUAAGUUAGUUAAAUAUUAAUUUAUUUAUUUGCAAACUCUAGCACUUACAUUGCUUUGCAGUAUUCCGAUCAGGGUUGUGAAUUUUUUAAGUUAUAAAUUUAAAAUCUCAUUUUUAAUCUCAAUUUUGCAAUUUUCAAUUCCAAUGUCGGGCUUAAAAUUUAAAAAUACAACUUUAAUGCGAUUUUUGGGCUUAAAAUUUUUUUUUUAAUUAUCGUCCCGUAUUUGGCAUUACAUUUUUUCAAUUUCAAUCCGGUAUUGGCGCUUACAAAAAAAAAAAAACCAAAAAAUGAAUUCAAUUUUUUUUAAUGCAAUUAUUUUUUAAUGCAGUAUUUGCAACCCUGAUUCCAAUUAUAAUUUUUUUUUCUUUAAACGAUAUUAUCAAUUGCUCUAGAUUAGUUGUAAUAUUCCAUAUAUGCUAUGCUUAAAAUCUCUUUCCAAAUAUUUCACCUUAUUUUGCACUAGUAAAUAUAAAAAAUAUAAAAGACAUUCUUGAAAGUUUGUCGACAUGUGAAAUGAAUUUCCUAAAUACAAAAUUUUUAUUAAAUUUAAGUGUCAAUACAAAUUAAGAAAAACCUCAGCAAUAUGUGUAAAUGUUGGUAGAUAAUUAAACAACUAUUGGUCUAGGUACUCUUUUAAAAUUGCCAGAAAUGCAUAAUCGGAUUGUAGAUCGACCGAGUAUUUUUCGAAAAUGAUUUCAACACCAAAAAUGUACUAGAGGCCGGAAAUGAUUAUUGAAUACUAUUUAUAAAAAAGUCAAUAUUGCAUUAAAAUGGUGUACGUGAUUUGCUAUUGUAUUAAAACCACCAUAAUACGAGUAUGUAUGUAUGUAUGUAUAUAGUGCAAAUUAUUCCACAAAAUAAAAUAGAAUUUUGAAAAAGCAUAA